AUGAAGACGAAUGUAGUAGCGGCGAGUAAAACAGUUGUAGCACUUGCUGCUGUAGUCGCGAAGCUGCUGCUGCUGCCAUUUGCUGGCGGCGGCGCCGCACUUCCUGCAUCUGCAGCAACAGCCACUGGUCUGGGCAGUAACUGCACAAGGAGGUGCGGUAACAUCAGCAUCCCUUACCCAUUCGGCAUCGAGCUCGGCUGCUACCACGACACCGGCUUCAACCUCACCUGCAAGUAG